GGUGGUCGGUACGAAUUUGUUUUGGAGUCACCGGACGUACCACUGAGAUGGCUUAGAGAUCAGGCUCUUUCAAAGCGUAUCGAUGACGAAGGUCCGGAUAUUAUCAGUGACUGUUCGGAAAUGCGAGAAUACGUAUUGGAAACAAUUGACCAGGAAGGUGUUCCACUGAAUCUCGACAUGCCAAUAUGCAGCACCGGAUGCUCGGAAUUUCUCCUUCUUCGCAUUAAUAGCUCACGUGGCGACUUCUCACUAUCGCCAUAUCGAACAGUGACCGAGUGCAGCAAACAGAUGUCAAAGGCAUCCACAAAUGCACCGUCUGCGGAUCGUCCCGAACCUCUUGGUCGUGGAGUGCGUGGCGUGGCGGAGGCCACUCUUUCUUUGCCGUCGUUGAGUUAUACGGAUUUUGCGAGCACUGCGAUGGCUAAUGUCUACUUAGUGGAAAGAGUGCACCGAUAUAUGCCGAAUUCGAGUGUCUCCUUAAGUAUCAAUUUUAUGCGUAUUUUCUUUCUUCCACUUACGCGUUUUUUGCUCCAAACAACUCGUUUUGCCGAGGUAAUUUUUUAUGACCUAGGAAAAAGUGUGGUGCUUUCCGAUUGA